AUGUCUUCCCACAGCCUUCCCGAGGUGCUAAUGAAAAAAGUCGACGAGUACGUCGACUCGCUCGCCCCGCAAAUCCAACCCCGCAUCGCCCAAGAACUCGAGUUGUUCCAAAAGAAAACAAUCGAUAGCCUGGAAGAUCAGGUUGUCGACGCGUUUCGGUCUCUCUUCGAUAAGGAUGACCGAAAAACCUCCUCGGGCUCCGGCUCCGGCUCGCGCAGCCUUAACGACCGCGUCCCGGAUUCCUACGGCGGCCAGUCUUUGCCGUUUGCCGACGAGAUUGCAGGCCUCACGCGCGGGCUGAGCAACAUUGCGGGCGACGCGGGCGAUGACCUGCGGGAUAUCUUUAACUUGACCGAGGGCCGGGAUGGCACGGGCGAGACGACUCGAUCCCGAGGCGGGGGUGGGGAACAACGGCCCGCCGACAAUUUCAAGGGGUUCUUCUCGGCUGCCGUACAUGCUGUCCAGGACCAUCUUGAUGAUAGGAAGGGGUCCGGUGGAGGCGGAGACGGGGGCUUUCAGCUGGACGGGUUGCUGGGCGUGAUUAGCAACACAGUGAAGGAAGCGGCGCAGAACCCGGAAGAGAAGGCCCGAGUGAUCAGCCCAGAGAUCAAGGAGAAGGUUGGUGAGAAGCUUCGGCAGCAGCAUGCGCCUAUUGCGGAGCAGUUCACGCGGAUCGCCCUGGAUCAUAUCAAGCGCUGGUUGCGAGGAAACACGAGCAGUCGUGAUCUAGGUGAUGGUGUAAAGGGGGAGAUUGAGGGCCAGGUGAAAGAUCUAGUUAAAGGACUCGGCGGUCUGUUUAGGCACAAGAAGGAGCACAGCCAGGGAGGGUCGAGGGAGAUUGGAGAUCAUGACGAACACGAGGAGCGAGACCGGGACCGGGGUGAUGGGGAGGGCUCCGGCGGCGGGUUCUCCAAAAUCAUCAGCGAGAAGCUCAGCACAGGUCUUGCGAGAGUCCACCGGGAAGUUCGGCUUGAAUUCCGAAAGAUCCUUGGUGCCAUUGAGAAGCAGCUCUUUGAGCUACUCCCAGACCAAUUCCAGCGACCGCUCGAGAAGAUUCUCGGCGGUAAUCCCUUUGACUCCCAGCUGGACCGUGAUGCCAAGUCGGGCGGACAGGCUGAUCGUGGGUUCGGCGACGACAUCAAAGCCAAGCUGCUGGACAAGAUUCGCGGGCUCAUCCGCAAGGUGCAGGAGACUCUCCGGGAGAGCAUCCUGGGGGUUGUGAACGGCGGGCACCGCAAGUUUGAGAGCGAAAGCUGGGUGUUUGUACAAAACAUGGUGGAGCAAAAGGUGCAAAAAUACCUGCCCAAGGUCAAGAUCACUGUGCCGGAUGACAUUGGCAAUGAGGGUGUGAGUGUAGGAGCGCCGACUUCGAAUGUGCAGCUUGGUGGCGGGCAUCAGCCUGUGCCGGCCCAAGGAGGGCACGCCCCUCCAGCCCAUCACCAAUCUCCUCCCCAAAAUCAGCCAUCACACCAGGAGUACAAGCCCCCAGUCCACCAGCCGGAAUACCAGCAGCAGCACGAAUAUCGCCCGCAUGAAGAGCACCGACCGCAAGACUACCAGGCUCCUCAGCAUUCCCAACAGGGCUAUCGGCCUCAGGGAGAGUAUCGGCCUCCUCAAGAGCAUCGACCUCAGCAGUACCAGCAGGAUCAUCACCAGGAGUACCAACCGCAAGAGUAUCGGCCUCAGGACUACGCAAGCCAGCCGGCAUACCAGACCGGGCCGCCGCAAAACGAGAGCCAUCACCAAGGGUAUCAGUCAGGUCAGCACGGUGACUACCAAGGUGGUCAUCAACAGGGUGGCUAUCAACAAGGUGGCCACCAACAGGACCAUCAGUAUGGGCAGGGUCCACGGUACUGA